GUCAGUAUCGGAAACUGUCAGACGCGACGAACGCACGUGUGGAGGAGAGCUGGUGGAAGGAAGAACCUCGGGUCAUUCAGCGGUAUCUGCAUAGAGGGCCAAGAAACGAGAGAAGGGUGCUCAGUAUCUGAGUAUAUUCUUGCAUAUCUUGCUCAGGUUCAACAGGAACCCUCCCGGUUUACAGGAGCUCGCGGCUACAACGACGGUUGAAGCGUUCACUGCCCGAGAGAGAAAGUUCUCGGUCCCUCUCUCGCAGGGCCUGUGUGUGGGGGGGUCUGUGUGAGUGUUACCUCAGCACCUCUGACAAGUUGAAGACUGAGGACCGGUGGCGGUUUCUUUGACGUCAUGGCGGACUAUCUGAUCAGCGGGCAAACCGGUUAUGUUCCCGAAGACGGGCUAACGGGACAGCAGCUGUUCAACGGGGGAGACGGGCUAACCUACAAGUAAAGACCCACUAACUUCCACUCUUUUUCUUCAAGCUAAACACCCCAACCCUGGUGACAGACUUGAUUUAAAGUGCUUGUUUUGCUGUUAGCGCUUUGCGAGUUUUGAAUGAUUUUAGUCAUCAUUAGCUUAACUGAUACUCAGGUGAACACAAACUACACCUACAGCGUUGCGAUAGGCUAAGGUCGCGAGGAAGGGUCAUAUUUUGACUUCCAAAAAGCCAAUUUCAGGGAGUGUAUGACAAAACAAAACAAAACCCAUUAUUUAUGUGCUAUGAAGGAAAGACUUAAGACCAAACAUCCCUUACCUCAAAGCAGAGUGAGGAAUCAUUGCUUACCUGUUCAGUACCUGUCAGGAUAUCAGAAUUUCGAACCUCCAAAUCAUACCAAUGAAAUCACACAACAUUGAUACCACAUCAACAACAAAUAAUAAACCACCCAAAAUUAAUAGCUUUGUUACACUUUUGAUCUUCAACCUGUACCUUAGCUGGUACAGAAAAAUGCUCACUAUGCAGACCAAUAUUUCAGGUACAGGUAACAGCAAUAAAAGGCUAAUUAAACACUGUACUAUUAACUAACGUACUGUGGAAAUAUUCUUUAUGUUGCUGCGUUUUCUUUCCCAUUGUCAACCCUAUGUCGACAUCAACCACUGCUCUCUCUCAUUUGCUACCAGCACCUUCUGCUUGGAAAUAUGUGUAGAUCUUUGUACACAGACCUCAGUGCUUAUUGAUACUUUAAAAUGUUAAACCAGUGGUUUGUGAUGUUUAAUGGUAUCAUUCAAAACAUGAUACUGGAAACAACACAUGUUUAACAUUUUGAUUAACUUACACCUGUCAGUUGGUGGAUUAUGUAAGGCAGCAAGUGAACAUUUUGUCCUCUAAGUCGGUAUGUUGGUAUUGAGGAGUAAAGAGCUUUUGUAAGGUUUUUCUACUCUGAUGUUGUCAUCACAAUACUGAAGAAGUGCUAGGAAGAAAAACCAGCAAGCCACCAAGGGCAGCUAAGGUCCACUGAUGGCUAUGGGUACCAAAAGCUGGUCCAUGUGUCGUAAUCCAACAGAUCUACAGUACUGUAGUUACUGAUGAGAAAUUGUGGUUUUGACAGAAAGAUGUCAGUGAACACAGUGCAUUACAGUCCUUUGUGUAUAUGGCUGACCCUGUCCACCAAAAGCACCCACAGUGUCCACAUGGAUCUGGACCAUGGAACAGUGGAACAAGUUGUCUUAGAGGAACAUGAUGAUGAGUUCAAGGUUUAACUGAGUAUCUAUUGGAUGUGCUGGACAACCAAAACUGAUCUACUGAAGCCCUACCAAGCCACUAACAGAACUAAAAAGAUCUGGUGACAGACACCACAGCACAUCUUUAUGUGGUGUAGUUAUCUGGUGUAGAGGAGAUGGAGGCCACAUUAAUAGGAUUGUGUGGUCAUAAUGCUAUGGCUGAUUGGCCAAUAUUGGUACUCUAAAGUGAACUGUCUGCUGGUCUGUUAAGGGCUGCUAGUUAAGAUUUAAGAGACCAUCAAUAGAUAGAGUCAGACUUAUCUCCAGAGGACAGGCUCAAUAAUACGUGGACACACUGAACUUCAUGUUGAAAAAAUAUCUUAAAAUGUAUGCAAGAAUUGAAUUUGAGUAGAUAGAUGGAUGGAUAGAUAGAUAGCUUUAUUGCCUGUUCUAGAAGAAAACAGAAAUUAAUCUUUAACAGGGCUUCAUCACAUAUUAAAACACCCUUACAAAACACAUGCACACAGGUGAAAAUGUGCUGUCUAGUUUGAUGAUGAGGGCAAAGGUCAUGUGACUUGUUUAUAUUAACUGGGUGAUCAUUACUGGCAGCAGAACAAACACCCAGGUUUCUUUAUUUGCCGGCUGUAAAGUUUAAUGACUGAUUUGAACGUAACCGACAGACAGUUUUAUUGUUUCCCUUUUUUGAAUAAUGCAUUGGGGCCAACAGGGGAUUGCUAAUAGACAGAGGAGCUAGUUUAAAAGUGAAAAUAUUGUGUGGGGGGGAAUAGCUGCCUCGUGAAAAGGAGAAGGGAACGCAUUCCUUCAGCACACACACUGGUUCUAAAUUUAGGUCCUGGUUUAUGUUCCUGUGUUGUUAUGUUGGACUGAGUGGACCCUGGCUUUAUUUAGAGUAUCUCCUUGGUACUUCUCUUGACAACAAAGCACAGAUAGUGCAAUGUGCUUACUUGUACGAUACAAAAGUAAAGUCAUGCAACUUAUGACAGAACCAUAUAGUAUUAUAUUUCUUGACACUUCAUGAAAUACGUCAAAUGCUUUGACAAAAUUAGGGAAAAAAAUCUUUGCCCAUCCUUGCUGGCUUUCACAUGGAGCUCAUCAUUGUUCUCUGUAGACCAAGCAGACAGGAGAGCAAAAAGUCGCCAAACGAUAAACAGCAGGUCCUGAAAAAGGGUGACGGAAAGCACAUUUCAAAUGCUCCUCUCAGUUCUUGUCUGUCAGGAGAAAAGAGUACAGUGACAAAGUCAGUAGUUUUAGUUUGCCACAGGGUUCAUUGUUAACUUGGUUAAGCUUUAGAUGUGUAAGUCUGGACAACAGAGGGCUCAAAAUAAUGAAAUAGUGUAAAAUCUUUAUAUAACACCCUAUUUGUUUUGUUUCUAGAGUUGCCCAUUAGGUGAUGGUACCUGGUACCAGGUACUUUUUUAGUACCUACUAGGCCAGGCUUCCAAGCUAGCGGUCAAAAUUACGAUGUCAACUACCUGCCACUGAUUGGCCAGGGAGUGAUGUCACUUGAUGAGUCAUAAGAGUGACCCUUCACAAGAAACAAACCCACCUUUUCCUAAUACCUGGCAACAGUCAAUAAACGUGUGCUUUUGUUAGUUCUGUGAUUGUGUUACAUUUAGUCACUUUGGGGUGGUUCUUAAUUGUACUGGAAAAAGACCAGAACAGAGCAGAGUAGAAGCAAGUCGAAUUGGAAGUAGUGUAGAAUACAACUAGGUAGAGUAGAAGUGAGUACAGUAGAAGCAAUCAAGCGAGUAGAGUAGAAGUAGAAGUGAGUAGAAGUAGAAAUGAGUAGAAUUAGAAGUGAGUAGAAUUAGAAGUGAGUAGAAGUAGAAGUGAGUAGAAGUAGAAGUAGAAGUAGAAGUGAGUAGAAGUAGAAGUGAGUAGAAGUAGAAGUGAGUAGAAGUAGAAUUGAGUAGAAUUAGAAGUGAGUAGAAUUAGAAGUGAGUAGAAGUAGAAGUGAGUAGAGUAGAAGCAAGUAGAGUAGAAUCAAGUAAAGUAAAAGCAGACGCAAAUAGAGUAGAAGCUAGUAGUGUGGAGUUGAAGCAAGUAAAGUAAAAGCAAUUGGCAUAGAAGAGAGUAGAGUAGAAGUGAGUGCCAGAGAGUGGAGUAAAAGAAAGUAGGGUGGGGUUGAAGUGAGUAGAAUAAAGUAGAAGUGAGUAAAGCAGGGUCGAUAGAGUAGAGUAGAAGUGAGAAGAAGCAAUAAGUGCUAGAUCUGUGAAAUAUAAAAAGUGGCAUAAGUCAUGUUAGUAAUAUUUAGGUUACUGACAGUCACUUAUGCUUAAACAUGUUUUUUUUUUCCUCGCCUCGAGGGUCUCCAUGCCUCUCACAUGCAGCAUGAACUACAUACCUUUCCUGUAAAAUUUACCAAGUAGAAAAGUGUCACACAUCCACCACUGAAACGUGACAACACUCUCUGAGGAGUCUUUGAACAGAGAUUUACUCCACGUCCUGCAAGGAGUCAUUGAACUCACAGCUUUCCUUGAAGACCCUCUUGGUUUUCUGUUUCUGACCUCCAAAAUAUUCUGCUGACAAGUUAACUGUUUACAGACGGGAGCUUCUGGAUAGGACAAGUAUGAUAUGUUUACCUACAUCAUGUUUUACAGUGUUAGGUCUCUUGUCCUUAAAGCAAAGCCCGGUAUAUCUUGACAUUAAUCUUAGGGCUUUAGUUCCCAGAGAUCUAAUAUGUUUCAGUCUUUAGUUUCUACAUGUUUGAAUGUCUAAUGUGUGUUUAGAACUGUUGAGAGACACACACUGUCAGGAAUGAGCUCUAACUUUGUCUUGCUUUUCUCAUCUGCAGUGACUUCCUCAUUCUGCCAGGCUACAUUGACUUUACGGCAGACCAAGUGGUGAGUUGUGAUAAAAUUUUCCAAAACACAGAAAAUCUGAUUAAAGCUGAUGUUGUGGUGUUAAUCCAAGCUCGGACGUCAUCCCUGCCACAGAUUAGUUUAAGGAGAUCAGCAGAAAUUCUCAGAGCUGGGCAUACAAUGACUCCACAAGCUAGAGCAAAAAUAAGCAUAUAAAAUUAACUCUGUUAAAUUCAUUUAAAAGCAAGAAUAUAUAUCUUCUUUGGAAAACUGGCAUUUAUUUGACAUUUAUUGGAUAAUUUUUUGUUAUAAAACGCAGUUUAACUGUGGUACAAUUAGAGCUCUCAGACUCAGGACUGUCUGUUCCUCAGAAAUCACCAUAGAGUGUUUACUGAUAUUAGCCAUUAUUAGUUAGAUGUCAUGGCUCAUGAUAUCCCAUGUCCUGGCUUAUGUUAUUUCAUGUGAAUACAAUUUAUAAGUAUAAUCUUACAAAGUCUAAACAAAAAGAACAUUGAGUUUGUCAAACCCCUUUACAGCAACACUCAUUUUCUCCCAGUUCUCGCAGUCCAGUCCCUCUAACAGUGGAUUAAAGAUUAGGUUGUGGCUCUAGCUGCUCGAAAAUAUAAGGUUAUUAAAAACAGUGAGUGGAUCAUGGAUAAAGCUUAAGAGCUCUUGCAGUAAGACAGCACACAGACCCAAUAUGCUGAAGCAGCUAACUGUGAUUUCUUUUUCAAAAGUUGCAAUAAAAAGUUGAGCAUCAUGACAUGUUAAAUUGUCCAAUAAUGUUUCAUAUUUCUCCAUAUUUAUUGUGCAGGAUCUGACUUCAGCUCUCACCAAACAAAUCACCAUGAAAACCCCAUUUGUCUCAUCUCCUAUGGACACAGUCAGCGAGGCCAACAUGGCCAUAGCCAUGGCAGUAAGUGAGAGAAACCACAGCACCCGCAGUUUAUCUAGGUUAGUUGUUUUUAGCGGUCUGAUGCUCAACCAUGUGUCGUCUCUCCCUAGCUGACGGGUGGAAUCGGCUUCAUCCAUCACAACUGCACACCAGAGUUUCAGGCUAAUGAAGUUCGCAAAGUCAAGGUAGUGAUAAUAAUUGUAUUUUUUUUAUUUGUUCACACUCGUCCUUCAUUUUUUCAUUUCUGAAGUCUUCUGUUUACUUGUUUUAUUUUUUCUUUCCAUCUGUUUAAAUGUUGAUCAUCUCUCUAGAUCUUACAUCAAGUUCUUCUUGUCUUCUUCUUUCCAUUUUUAUCUGCUGCUGUCGGUUUGAAGGAGUAGAAGUGUGUUUAUUUUCCUGCCUCCUUCUGUAAUGCUGCUUUUAGAAUGUAGGCACAGAAAAAGUUCAGUUUAACUGAAUCCAGCCCUCCCUUAUUGAUUCCCUUACACCCUUGCCCUAAACUGUUACUCUCCAUUUGUGUCCUCAUCUCCCCUGUUUCAACUCCUCUGACCUUUUCUAACCUGCCUUUUCUCACGCUCGACCUUCCCUCCCCACUCCAGCGGUAUGAGCAGGGCUUCAUCACUGACCCUGUGGUGAUGAGUCCUAACCACUGUGUGCGAGACGUCUUCCAGGCCAAGGCACGCCACGGUUUCUGUGGUAUCCCCAUCACAGACAAUGGAAAAAUGGGCGGCAAGCUGGUGGGCAUCAUCUCAUCCAGAGACAUUGACUUCCUGAAGGAGGAGGAUCACAACCUGCCACUGAGUGAGGUGAGUGGAGUUUGACCUUAAAGCACCAGUCAUAAGCCAAGCAUAGUUACUUAAAGUAUCUCUGUGUAUAAGGCUGGAUGCAGUAAGUCAGGUUUUUAGGCAGACAUUGUUAUUGAUAACUCUUAAGGUUAGGGGAACAACCAACAAAUUUACGAGUAAAAAAGAGAGUACUUUCAGGCAGCAUAUGUUCUUAAAGUCUGGGAAAGGACAGCACCAGGGAGUCAUCAAGCAAAGAGAAAAUUAUGAUGCAGAACAGACAUGAAAUAUUAUCCUCCUUAAAAAUGAGAGGGAAAAAAACAUCAUUAAUUUCCAAACAAGCAUUAGAGCAGUGACUGGCCUAUCAGGUGUUCAUAAAAGUCCAUGGUAUGGAUGACAAUCAAAGCUGGAGAUCUGGGGCUCUCUGAUCAAGUUAAAAAUCCUUCAUUUAGUUGGGAUAGAGUAGACGCGUUUCAAAUAACCGGAAUCUUCGCCAGGACAUAGUGAACAAAUUUCAGACACCUGUUUUAGUGCAAAAAAGGUAAGUCAUGUGACAGCAUGUAACAGCGAGUCACCAAAGAGAGAAAAAGCACUGCAUAAGUGUUUGGUUUUGUGACACUCAGCUUUGAUUGCCAUCCGUACCAUGGACUUUUAUCAACACCUGAUAGGCAAGUCACUGCUCUCAUGCUUGCUUAGACAAUGUUUGUGCUCCUGAAGAGCACCUUAUCCUCCACCCACUUUUUUAUUAUUAAUUUCAAUCUUAAACAUCGAAAAAUCACCAAAUACAAACAAGUAUCCCUCCCACUCCCACUAAACACAGGCUGCAUACAAGAUUGCCACCAUUAUAGCAUCCCAUUCCCAAACUGUUUGCACCUUUCCCUGCAUUUAGCACGGAGAGUUCCAUUAUUAACAUGUGUGUCACCUUCUCCACAGGUGAUGACAAAACGAGAGGAUCUGGUUGUUGCCCCUGCUGGAGUGACACUGAAAGAAGCCAAUGAAAUCCUUCAGAGGAGUAAGAAAGGUGAGAAAAAUGAACGAGUUCAUGACUCACUUUUUUAUUAAUAGAUCAUUUCCAGAACUCCAGUUGCAGUUCAAGGUAAAUGAUGAACAUCUUUCCCUUCCUCUUGCAGGCAAACUUCCCAUUGUAAAUGAGGAAGGCUCCCUGGUGUCCAUUAUCGCACGCACAGACCUGAAGAAGAACAGAGACUUCCCUCUGGCCUCCAAAGACCCCCGCAAACAGCUCCUAUGUGGAGCUGCCAUUGGCACCCACAAUGAUGACAAAUACCGUCUUGACCUGCUAGUACAGAGCGGGGUGGAUGUGGUUGUAUUGGUAAGGAAGACUUGAGUACAAGCUGUAGGGAUAGAGACACCAUGUAGUAUGGAAGACUUUCUACCAUCUAAAAUCAAUGAACACACUAUUUUUGAGAAGCUUGUGCUUCAUUCAGAGACAUCAUUGCUAAAACUGUAUCGUCGAACAGUCUUGAAGUGAGCUACUUUACUAGAUUGUAAUGGCUUCAGACAGAUUACUUAGUGUUUUAGCUAAGGGGGCUUUUCACACGUGGGCACACAACAGACUAGAUCUUCAAAUCAAGGAAAUAAGUCUGAAUCUACACACUGUUAACAGUGCUUGAAUUGAAUAUCUUGAUGAUUAAAGUCUGUGGGGGGAAUGAAAAGCUUGAAGGUGUUGAGUCUCUUCUGAUUUGAGCUGGAUUCAUGUAGUUUGACUGAGGUGUUAGGUUGACCCUAAGUGUGGACAUUCAAAGUCAUGAUAAUCAGUAAAAAUCAACACCAUGCAUCCCUUUUGUACCGACAGGAUUCUUCUCAGGGAAACUCAAUCUUCCAGAUCAACAUGAUCAAAUAUAUCAAAGAAAAGUAUCCGACCCUACAGGUCAUCGGAGGCAACGGUAAAUAUGUUUAUCUGUAUGUGUAACAUGUCCAGCUAAGGUAUUGCUAUUGAUUUCUGCUUCCUUUAGAAGGAAUGUAGCUUCUCAUAACACACACAUUUGGAGGACAUCGCCCUUAUCAGCUCUAACAGCCUCUUUGUUUCCCUGUCUGUCACAGUGGUGACUGCAGCUCAAGCCAAAAACCUGAUCGAUGCAGGAGCAGAUGCGCUGAGAGUUGGAAUGGGCAGUGGCUCCAUCUGCAUCACACAGGAAGGUGAUUGGCCGAUUUCCCACCUCAGCAGUCUCAAUGACACCCACAGAGCAGCCAUCAAUCUUGUACAUGGUCUCUUAAUUAGUGAAUGGAUCAGCCAAUCAAAGGGGAACAGGACCAAGGAACAACUUGACUGGCAGGUUUUUGGCUCCAUUUGAGUGUGUUUGACUGUUCUUAAGAUGGAGCCAAGCCUCAUAAUGGCAUUCAAACUGCCUUUUAAUACUACACAUAAGUUGUUUUAUCAUGUUUUUUUCUGUCAUGAAAAGACAAGAAAUUCUGCAUCUGGUAACCGUCAGGGGCCCAACUGGGAAGAUUGUCAGGGAUGACUAGACUCCUCCUGUGUAGUCUGAUAAUGUGACAUGUUCUCUGCUUCAAUAUAAUGUGGAUUGACAGUUUUGUUCUGCUAACUUGAGCUCCUCUUGUCUGAUUUCCUUUUGAAGUGAAGCGGGUUUUAAAAAAACAGGUAAUGUUUGAGCAGGCUUCAGUGGUCAGACAGAACAGGCACCAAGAUAAACUCAUUGGAUAUAUUAACAAAAACAGCUGUUAUGAUGCACGACAAGCGUUUUGAGCCAGUCUUUGGGUCAUUUUUAGGACAUUUGUAAGCAGAAUUGAUGUUUUUAGUGUAGAAAAACAAGCUUUGGAUUUUUACUGUAGACUGUGAUGGUGAAGUUUGAAGGAAAUUAGAUUUUUUCUGGUGUGAUCCAGAGGCAUAUGGCAGCUAUUGUUAGUCUGUAUUUCUUGUCUCUUCAUCUUGUUGUAGCUUUCCUUCAUAUCAUCAGCUCUUUUGUCCUCAUUUAUUCUCCUCUUUUGCUUGUGUUAUUCUUCACUUUUGGUUGUCAUCUUCUUGUCUGCUCCUCAUUCUUUUCAAUCUUUACCUGGUGUUGGGGUGUGUCUGUGGCCUUUUCCACACAUAGCCGAGUAUUCUUAUAAUGAAUAUCCAACACCCUCCGUAAAAAAAACAAAACAAAAAAAACAAAAAAAAAACGUCACACACACAUCACCGUUUUCAAAUAAAAUCCCAUCCACACAAAACCGCAAAAAUGUGGUAUUGACCACAGUUAUAAGAAUGCCAGACCUAGAGUUGGGUGUACUUGCCAAAAAGUUGGACCCACUCUAUCCAAUCAGAGCAAGCUUCCCUUUCUCGUCGUCACUUCUCCAAACAUGAAACAUGGCACCGUGUUGUCAAAGUUAACAAGACACAAGAAAGGUGAAGUCCACUGCCUGACAUAAACAAGGGCGCAAAGUAUAUGACGUUUUCGAUUAGUGACACUGACGCUGGAGAAUUUAAAACUCUAGUUAUCUGUGUCCACACGUAAAUGCAAAACCAGAGUUCUCCAAAAUCUUCACUUUGACCGGAGUUUUCCAAAAGCACUGUUUUAAUGACAUAUUCAUGCAGCUUCGUGUGGAUGGCAGGAGAAAAAACGUAUUAAAAAAAUAUAUUUGUUUGAGCAGAUACCCAGCUACAUGUGGACAAGGUCUGACUGUCUUUCUGUACGGGUAUGUUUGUGUCCAUGUCCAGCUCCCCUCAGUGUACCUCCAGCAAUAAAGCUCCACAGCCCCAAAACCCCAACCACUGUUACGGGAUACUCCAGUAAGUUUCCCAAGCACUUUGGCCUGUAUGAGUCCUCAUUGGCUCAACCUCACAGCCUGCUGCACUGAUUGGUUAACAGCUUUGCAUCAGUAGAGGUAGGAGGUAGAGGUAGCAGUGUCCUUUUGUUUGUGUUUACAGCUGGCCUUGGGUGUUUUGGGGUUUUGGUGUUUUUGCUUGAUCCUGUGUCCUCCUCACUAAUCUGUCCAUCAUAUUGAUUGAAUGUGGCUGUUCCAUCUCACUGACCCUCUGGUCUCUGAUGCUGAUGGUGUCAACAGAUUGAGACACUGUCCUCUUGUGUCCUUUGGGUGCCUGAAGAUACCUCUAUCAGUUGGUGGAAGAUUGAAGUCUAAUGGUGUGGACCCAUGGACAAGCGCCCUGUUGGCUCAGAGACCUCAGUUGCUUCACUUGUUGUCUUGAAUUGAAGAAGUCCUUGAAAAACCAGCAUUUCACAAGAUUCAUAUACUGUAUAUCAAAGUACACCGCUGAUGAGUUUCGCAAAAUAAAGGGGACAAGUUGUAUGUAAGUGGCACUGCCCGACAUAUGUGACCAGCUGUCUCAGAGUACUUCAUGAUGAUUGUAACACACAGUCAAUGGGAGCAAAGUUUUCCAUGUGCUGCGCUGUGUGCAUUGGGUCCACACCAGAAACUCAGUGUGCUGCCACUGUUAGAGGAUUGUUGCUCAAUCCCCCUCCCCUCUCAUGUGUCUGUUCCACACUACAGCUCGUGCAUUUGUAACACCCAGUGUUGAAACAAGCCAACAGCAGAGUAGCUUUGCAAUGCAGAAGAUAACCACAAGGUGUCCCUAUUCAGCAGAGUUGGUACACUUAAGCAGAGCAGGGUUAUGGAUAAAAGCCAAAUUUAUUUAUUUAUUUUUUUACAAAUGAAUCUCUUUUUUUUUAAUUAAUUUGUGUCCUCUGCAGCUGAAGUCAUUUUUUCAUGUAAUGAAAACUUAACGACAGAACAUUAAAACAACUUAAAUACUAAAGAAGAGUUCAGGAGUAUAAACAAAGAUUAUUAUUCUGCUCCCUUGGCACAACUUUCUCUUCAUUGUUUCAAAGUUUUUCACAUUUUAUCGUAAUUAUUUUGUCUGUACUGGGCUUCUGCUGUACCCGAGAGUCUUUUUGAUGUAGCUGUGUGUUUGUGACGAUGAAGCCUGACCUUCAGUGAACACAAACAGCACAGAGUUGAGGAAAGCACCGAAUGAGAAUUUGGUGUUUACUCUGUAAAGAUGCUGGAGAACCAGUUAUUGUUUUACUCAACUCCAGAUUCUAUUCGUAGCAUGUCUGAUAAGUGUGCAGUGUUUUGGCUGCCACUUAUCCUUCAAUGGUAUUAUUUUCGGCUGCUGUGUUGUACUUUUCUGGGAAAGUGGACAUGCAGAUUUUGAAAACCUCACCUUUAAAUUGCAGCUUUAACAUGUCGGGCUGCAACGCUUGAAUUAUUUCAAUAAUAAAUACAAAUCUAUUGGAAUAUAAUUCACUGAGGGGAACCUUUACUAGCAAUUCUAAAGCUGUAUUGAUCCCAGAAUAGAAAAUUUUCACCCUUUUAGGCCCAGAUUACAGUGUGUGGGUGGAGGUAAAUUAGGAUUAUUGGUUUGGUAAGUACCAUGUAGGCCCAGGCUCAAAGGAAGCAGAAGAACAGUGGAAGGAAAAAGGAACUGAACGGUUUCUCUUUGUUGGCACUUGGUAAAUCUGAGCUGCCAGGAUGGAGCAGUAUGAAGGAAAACUAGGAAAGAUUUCAGCUCAGUGAUUGAAAUAAAAUAAGCAGACAGAAUUCAAGUAAAUAAAGACAUCAGUAAUGGAAGAGGGUUAUGGUAUUUAUCUGCUGACGUGACAGAUUCAACUUCCUUAUUCGUACUUUUCAUUUGGAAAGCCUUGAAACAAUUGUAUUCCCAGCUUGUCAGCUCACUGUCUUGUUUUAACACUUGGAACGUCCAGCCUGCAUGCCACUCAAAACUGUGUUUAUAUAAGACAAUGUUUGAAUAGGAGUUUGUUACACCUAAAGAAUAAUACACUGUUUUAAAAUUUAAAGCAACAUAAACUUUGUGUGCAGAGCUGCUGUGUUAGCACUUUGUUUGCUUUUCAUGUAAGACAAAUAAUAAUAAUGAAGAUUUAGCAGUAAUUCUGAGAAUGGAAACAUGUUUAAUGAACCAAUUUAGCACCAUUUAAUCUCCCUUUGUCCUUAUUCUUCUGUUCAGUGCUGGCUUGCGGCAGACCUCAGGCCACAGCUGUCUACAAAGUCUCAGAGUACGCCAGGCGUUUUGGGGUACCGGUCAUCGCUGAUGGAGGUAUCCAGACUGUAGGGCACAUCACCAAAGCGCUGGCACUAGGAGCAUCAACAGGUAAGGAUAGAUAAUGUGUCAGGGUCAGUGUGCAAGAGAUGAAUAAUUUGUUUGAAUUGUUCGAUAAUGGAUGAGUUAAAUGUAACACACAGAAAACCAAACAUCUAAAAUCAGGAAAACUGUUUCAGAAGGGUUUUUAAAUUAAAUGAUUUUUAGUUUUGUUUUAUGAUGUUUUUAAGCCUCCGUGUGACAGUGUAAAAAAUGAAGUGCAGCUUUUCCCUACUUUAACUUGACUGAUGACUAUCAGUUUUCAUUGUUGAAUUCAAUCGAUGAUGCCAAAGUUCCUCCUGCUGACUUCUCUCUUUGUGUUCAGUGAUGAUGGGCUCUCUACUGGCUGCCACAAGUGAAGCUCCUGGUGAAUACUUUUUCUCUGACGGCAUAAGGCUGAAGAAAUACCGUGGCAUGGGCUCACUUGAUGCCAUGGACAAAAACCUGGGCUCCCAGACCAGAUACUUCAGGUACACAAAGACUGGAAUAACAGAGUGCACCAAUCAAAGUGACUAGAUGUAGCUGUAGUUUUCUGAUAAAAGUUCCCAUAUAAAUGCAACUAAAGUCUUUACAGUACAGCUGUCCGAGUCUCCAAGUCAGCAACAUUCUAAUAGAACAAGAUGAAGCAAGUCUGUGGUAGCAGUACAGAAUGAGGAGCCAAGACAAAGACAGAACAGGAAAAUCUUUAUUUCUUUAUUUUGAUUUGAGGUCAAAUUAAAGCAUCUUCAAACACAAACUCUAAAAUGUAUUCUCUUUAAUAUGUAAUAUACCUGUUUGCCAAAAGAUGUGUGUACAGUGAUAUUUUCUUUCAAUUUCAAUGCACAUCACUAACUCUCAUUUUUUUCUCUUCCCCUUUCCGACCUCUCCCCUUACAGUGAGAGUGAUAAGAUUAAGGUAGCUCAGGGUGUUUCUGGAGCGGUGCAGGACAAAGGCUCCAUCCACAAGUUUAUCCCCUACCUGCUGGCUGGUACUCAGCACUCCUGUCAGGACAUUGGAGCCAAAAGUCUCACACAGCUCAGGUAAAAACACACGAUCACAGAUCCUCACUAAGGCAGAUUUUCACAUUUCGAAUAAGCCAAUUGUUAUGUGAUAUCGAUAAUUUUUAUCCUGACAUAAGUUUCAUGUUUCAGUAAAGCAGACUCCACUGUGGUAUUUGAAAGUUUACCAUUUCUUCCCUCUGUGCAGAGCUAUGAUGUACUCUGGCGAUCUGAAAUUUGAAAAGAGAACAGCGUCAGCGCAAAUAGAGGGGGGAGUUCACAGCCUGCACAGGUACACACAUACAGCAUACUGUAUACAUAAUGUCUUAUUAUUAUUGUUGUUAUUACACUCCCUUUCAAAACAAUACAAAAUUUUAGUGGUGUGUUGUGUUAUUGUCAAUUAGAUGUAUGCUUUGAAUGAGUGGCACACUAUCAAAAUCCUUUUUGAAUGAGCUUUUUUCUAAACUCUGAUAGAAUUGGGGUUAUAGUACUAAUUGUAUGUUUCUACCAUAGGCCAUGUAACUGAGACAGUGUCAGAUUGGCGUUUUGUUCAGUUUUAAAUUGUAUUGAAAGCUCUUAGUUUCGUGUCUCACCCCAAACCACACAAACCUUCAGUUAAACUUCCUCUUUCUUAUCUCCAGUCUGUCUUAACAGGAAACCUCAGGGAGCAUGAUGGGAUGGCUGUGUAAUCUGUGUUUUGUGUCCUCUCUUUCACAGCUAUGAGAAGCGCCUGUUUUGAGAAGACAUGAACCAUUCAAUCUGCAGAUGGAGAAUCCUUUUAACUUUCACAUUAUGCAACCACACUACGUGCGAGACCCUCAAGUUAGAAUUUCAGAUUUUACACACACGCACACACACACACACACACACACACACACUUUGCUCUUCCAAGGAUCCAUCAGUCUUCCUUCCAGUGUCAUCUAUGCAUCGUCUGUGUUCCUAUAACUGUUAGUGUGUGAAGAAAGGGAAUGAAGCAUUUAUCAAUCAGUGCACGUGUGAUUGAGUUCUCCAAUGCCUUCCAUGUUGUGAAAAAAUGUCUGUCCAUUUUUAGGCAAAACCUUGCCCAAUAAUAAAGCCUAUGUUUUCCAUGAGCUGAUGCUGACUGUCGUUUAUACAACUGUGCAUACAUAUUUGAGCCAUUUUAAAGACAAUCUUUUACAGAUGAAGAAUGUACUGAGUUGAUAACAUGUGGAGGCAAUUUGCAAAGGGAUGCAAGUUUAUCCCUUGAGUUUCAUAUUACCUGCAGAGGAGAGGCUGAACAGAGGGAGACAUGCUGCAGCUUGUGUCGAAUGUCUAACCGUCAGCUUAACCACUGAGAGACCACUUGUCUGUAGUCUAAUGAAGAAAGCCAAGAGAUGGGGAUUUCUUCAGUGCUAAAUGACAGAAACAGGCCUUCAAUGAGCACACUUGGAAGAAGUUUGAUUAAAAGUGUAAAGACAGACAAAUCUUUUUAAACACAGAAAGAAUAUCAGUGGUGGGAUAUAAAAUUCUGGGGUACCUGAACUCUACUUAAGUUUACCAUUGUAUAAACUGACUCGCAUUUUCAUAGAUUUAGGCAAUUCAGUGUGUUUUCCUGUUGAGGUUUAGGGGGACAGUAGGAUGAUAGCUAAGCUGUCGUCUUUCAUAGACAGUGUUUCCCGCC